UUCUGAGUUUUCAUUUUCAUAUUAUUACAAGUCCAUUUAUUGUUCUAUAAAACCAAAAUUGAGGAUUUCAACUUUGGAUGAACAAAAAUGGCGGUGAAAUUGAUGAUGGGAUAUGGUGAUGGGAAUAGUUUUGCAGAAGCUGCAACUGCUGGGAUCCAAGGCGUUGAGGAAUUCAUAAAAUUGAUGUCCAAAGCUCAGCAUCUUUACAACCAUGAUGAUUCUUUUAAAGCGUCUUCUUCUUCUUCUUCAGAUUCAGAGCCGAGUAUCGUGAUCCAAGCUGUUACAGAUAAGAGUGUAAGUUCUUUCAAGAAAGUUAUUUCUUUGCUAGGUCGUCCCAGAACAGGCCAUGCUCGGUUCAGACGUGCGCCUCUUACUCCUCUCCGACGAGACCAAUUUGAUUCCCAACAAUCUCCGCAGAAGAUUGAAGAAACCAAAGUUAAAGUGUCUGCCUUUAAUCCAGUUCAUCCGACACAACCAGUUCAUAGAUUUCCUCCUUUGUCUUUCUCUUCCCAUGUCCAUUCAUCUGGUAAGCCUCCAUUGUCUUCGAAAAGGAAGUGCGAUUCCAUGGGUACUGCCGCUCUCAAGUGUGGAUCCGCAUCCGGUCGUUGCCAUUGCUCCAAGAAAAGGAAAUUAAGAGUGAAGAAAGUGAUUAGAGUUCCUGCAAUCAGCGAUAAAACGGCGGAUAUUCCUCCUGAUGAUUAUUCCUGGAGAAAAUAUGGCCAGAAACCAAUCAAGGGUUCUCCUCAUCCAAGGGGGUAUUACAAGUGUAGCAGCGUCCGAGGCUGCCCUGCCAGGAAACACGUCGAGCGAGCAUUAGACGAUCCGACGAUGUUGAUUGUAACAUACGAAGGAGAUCACAACCAUAGACAAAACAUCAGUGAUGUCCCAGCAACUAUGAUCCUGGAGUCAUCUUAGUACCUCACCACUAGAGAUUUAAAUUACCUUAUGGUCAUUUUUGAUUACGUUUGUAGCGAUUAACAAAUGUUAUUGCGAUCAUUACGGUUACGAGUAUCAUGUCAUCCCAUAAUAAUUUUGGACAACAUCAUUACUAUUAUAAAAUGACGCUAUUUUAAUUGCGAA